CGGGCCACAGAGACUGCGUCGGUUGCAGCCUAGAGAGGUCGCUAUCCGACGGGAGGAAAACCGAGGCUUCCGCUCAGCUGAGAGGCAAGAUGGCCACGGCUGGGGGCGGCUCUGGGGCUGACCCGGGAAGUCGGGGUCUUCUUCGCUUGUUUUUCUGCGUCCUACUGGCAGGUUUGUGCAGGGGAAACUCAGUGGAAAGGAAGAUCUAUAUCCCCUUAAAUAAAACGGCUCCCUGUGUUCGUCUGCUCAAUGCUACCCAUCAGAUUGGCUGCCAGUCUUCAAUUAGCGGAGACACAGGGGUCAUCCAUGUAGUGGAGAAAGAAGAGGACCUGCAGUGGGUAUUGACUGAUGGCCCCAACCCUCCUUACAUGGUUCUGCUGGAGGGCAAUCUCUUUACUGGGGAUUUAAUGGAGAAGCUGAAGGGGAGGACCAGCCGAAUUGCUGGUCUGGCAGUGUCCCUGUCCAAGCCCAGUCCUGCCUCAGGCUUCUCUCCUAGUGUGCAGUGCCCAAAUGAUGGGUUUGGUGUUUACUCCAACUCCAAUGGGUCAGAGUUUGCUCACUGCAGAGAAAUACAGUGGAACUCCCUGGGCAAUGGCUUGGCUUAUGAAGACUUUAGUUUCCCCAUCUUCCUUCUUGAAGAUGAAAAUGAAACCAGGGUUAUCAAGCAGUGCUACCAGGAUCACAACCUGAGUCAGAAUGGCUCUGCACCGAACUUCCCGCUAUGCGCCAUGCAGCUCUUCUCACACAUGCAUGCUGUGGUCAGCACCGCCACCUGCAUGCGCCGCAGCUCCAUCCAGAGCACCUUCAGCAUCAACCCAGAAAUCGUCUGUGACCCCCUGUCUGACUACAAUGUAUGGAGCAUGCUAAAGCCUAUAAAUACAACUGGGACAUUAAAACCUGAUGACAGGGUUGUAGUUGCUGCCACCCGGCUGGACAGUCGUUCCUUUUUCUGGAAUGUGGCUCCAGGCGCUGAAAGUGCUGUUGCCUCCUUCGUCACCCAGUUAGCUGCAGCUGAAGCUUUGCAAAAGGCACCUGAUGCGACCACCCUGCCCCGCAAUGUCAUGUUUGUCUUCUUCCAAGGGGAAACUUUUGAUUACAUUGGCAGCUCAAGAAUGGUCUACGACAUGGAGAAAGGCAAGUUUCCUGUGCAUUUAGAGAACAUUGACUCAUUCGUGGAGCUGGGACAGGUGGCCUUAAGAACUUCACUAGAGCUUUGGAUGCACACAGAUCCCAUGUCUCAGAAAAAUAAGACUGUGCAGAGCCAGGUGGAGGAGCUCCUGGCCACACUGGAGCAGAGUGGUGCUGGCGUCCCUGCUGUCAUCCUCAGGAGACCUAGUCAGUCCCAGCCUCUCCCACCAUCUUCUCUGCAGCGAUUUCUUCGACGAGCUCGAAACAUCUCUGGUGUUGUUCUGGCUGACCACUCUACUAACUUCCACAACAAGUAUUAUCAGAGCAUUUAUGACACUGCUGAGAACAUCAACGUGCACUAUCCUGAAUGGCUGAGCCCUGAAGAGGACCUGAACUUUGUGACCGACACUGCCAAGGCUUUGGCAGAUGUGGCCACAGUGCUAGGACGUGCACUCUACAAGCUCGCGGGAGGAAUCAACUUCACUGACACAGUUCAGGCUGAUCCCUAUACGGUUACCCGUCUGCUCUAUGGCUUUCUGGUUAGAGCCAACAACUCAUGGUUCCAGUCUAUCCUCAGGCAGGACCUAAGGUCCUACUUGGGUGAUGGGCCUCUUCAACAUUACAUUGCUGUCUCCAGCCCCACCAAUACCACUUAUGUCGUACAGUAUGCCUUGGCAAAUUUGACUGGCAAGGUGAUCAACCUUACCCAAGAGCAGUGCCAGGAUCCAAGUACAGUCCCGACUGAACACAAGGAUUUUUAUGAAUACUCGUGGGUUCAGGGCCCUUUGAGUUCCAACAAGACGGACCGGCUCCCCCGGUGUGUGCGUUCCACUGCACGAUUGGCCAGGGCCUUGUCCCCUGCCUUUGAGUUGAGUCAGUGGAGCUCUACUGAAUACUCUACAUGGACCGAGAGCCGCUGGAAAGACAUCCGUGCCCGGAUAUUUCUAAUCGCCAGUAAAGAGCUUGAGUUCAUCACCCUGAUGGUGGGCUUCGGCAUCCUCGUCUUCUCUCUCAUCGUCACGUACUGCAUCAACGCCAAAGCCGACAUCCUUUUCAUUACUCCCCGAGAGCCCAGCGCUGUGUCUUAUUGAGGAGGACCCCAGGUUUUCCUGCCAGUUCUGCCAUCUACUUUCUAAGUCACUUGUCCCACUGGGACACAAACCACUAGUUUGUCACUGGAACUCUCUGGGUCUGUCUCAGACUGGGAUUAACAUAAAGUAGUAAAAUUAUCCAGAAGAGACAGAGAGAGAGAAAUAAAUUGCCCCCCCUUCUCCAUUUCCUCCAACUUCCUUACCCUUGCCAGAUUCUGGGAUUACAAAUGGAAGCUUUCUGCUCCUGUUUAACACCCUAAUUACCCACCCUAAUUUGUCCUUCUUCAGGUCCCUCUCCCACUUUUGCCACCGUUUACCUCCCUCUGCUCCUCACCCCCUGACACAACCACCUUCCUGACCAGGAAAAAGGACAUGAAGGGUUGAAUGUCGGGAUCAAAUUACACUGAGCCCCUGAGGAGGAGGACAGGGGGACCUCUGGGCUGACCUGCUGUCUCCUCCCAUCCUUUCUCCAGGUCCACGGAUGGCACAUUAGGGUGGGCAUGCUGCCUGGUGGGUAUCCCACCUCCAGCCCACAGUACUGAGUUGUACUUUUUAUUAAGCUGUAAUAUCUAUUUUUGUUUUGUUUUUUUUUCCUUUUUUUUUUUUUUGUAAAUAUAUACAUAGCAAGUUUCAUUAAAAUAGAUUAUCCCACA